AUGAGAACAUGGCAGAUCGAGCUUUUGACGAACAACACUGCUAUUGUGUGUAUGGACGCCACGCAUAACACGGUUAGGAAUGUGAAUGACAAAAGAUUCUAUCUUAAGACGAUUGUUGCCAAGUCUUCGGUGAUUGGCAAAGGUGUCACAUUAGCGUGGAUGGUUACGGGUACUUUCCUGUGCAGAGUGACUCCGUUGGCUGAAGGUCGACCACGGCCUUUACCCACAGGCUAUCAUGAUGGACAAUGA